UCUCUCCCGCACACCGAGCUCCCUCCAACCUACAAUUUCUCCCCCGUCAUCUCCUUGCAAUUACUGAGUGCUUGAUUGAUACCUUCACCAUGGUUUGAAGCUCAACCGUGCAAGUCGCCACAAUCGCCUCACGUCUCUCGAAGCUUCUGGCGUACAUGUGCUAAAGCUCGAUCGCUGGCCACCCACACAACCGAACAAUUCACUCGCCUUACCCGCGCCACUCAUCAAACCUUUGUCCCUCACUAACAACUUACAAGCCCACACGGCUGAGACACUUCCUCCAUCCAGCACAUCUGUGGCACCAUCUCCACAACCUCCACGAUGGCGGACGAGAACAUCUCCAUGUUCUGUGCCUUCACCGAAGCCACCCCAGAACAAGCACAGCAGUAUCUCGCCCUCACCGACGGCAAUGUAGAACAAGCAGUAGAGCUCUUCUUCAACAACCCGGAUCUCGGUGCUACAGCAGCAGCCGCGGCAGCCCGGCCGGCGCCCACCUCGAAUCGAGAUAACCCAGUCACCAUCGACGAUGACGAAGAUGGCGACGAGGUCCAAGAGGUGGGAAGUCGCAACGUCGGAGCGGGAGGGUUUGAGGACGAUGAAGCUAUGGCACGGCGGUUGCAAGAGGAGAUGUAUGGUGGCCCUGCCAACGGCGGCCAGCUCGAUGAGGACGGAGUGAGGGCGCCGAUGGCACGAACAACGGAGACUCUGGUCGGCCCCGAUGCUGACUGGAUGCGUGAUCCCAACGAAAUGCGGGCUGCCGUAGCGGAACAGUUGAUGGAGAGGCAGCGGAGAAGAGCGGCGGGGCCGGGCAUCUUCAAUCAACGCGAGGUGUCAUCCAUCUGGACUCAAGAGAACGCCGAGGACCCGGAGGCUCACCGUCAAAUGCUGUCCCGAGCCACCGGUGGCGCAUCCGACCAGACAUCCAAGUCCAACCUUCUCGCCGACCUCUUCCGCCCGCCCUUCGACCUCAUCUCUCAGCUAUCCUUCUCCGCUGCUCGUGAUGAAGGGAAAGAAGACGAGAAAUGGAUUCUGGUCAAUGUUCAAGAUCCCUCCAUCUUCGACUGUCAGGUUCUCAACCGCGACAUCUGGAAGAACCAAUCCAUCCGCGAUACCAUCAAAGAACACUUCAUCUUCAUGCAGUACAACAAGGAGGAUCCGCGUGGGCAGGAGUAUGUCAACUACUACUUCCGCACCAUGCUUGACAACGAAGACGCAUACCCUCACAUCGCUAUCAUCGAUCCUCGUACGGGCGAGCAGGUGAAGACGUGGUCGGGUAGUCCAGCUCCGAAGCCUGCCGACUUCUUGAUGGAUCUCCACGAGUUUCUUGAUCGAUACAGCCUGAGGAUGGAUACCAAGAACCCUGUCCAGACAAAGCGGAGGGAGAGCAAGAAGGAUAUUGCGCAGAUGAGCGAGGAGGAAAUGCUGGAGAUGGCUCUACAGAACAGCCUUGCGAAUGGCAGUGGAAGUGGACCACGUGCAGAGGAAGACCCCGAUGCGCUGACGAGGUCGGAAGAGGCGAUGAACGGAAAGGGCAAGGCUCCUAUCGCUACAUCAGAGCUUGUAGAGGCGCCGAUGCAAGACGCCCCGCCAGCCAGCGACCUCACAACCACCAGCACAAAAGACACGGCUUUCGCCGCCAUCUCGUCCACCAAUCCACACAUCGAGCCGGCAUCUACAGAUCCCAAAGAGACGACGCGCAUUCAAUUUCGUUACUCUGGUGGGCGGGUUGUGCAUCGCUUCAUGCUCGCGGAUACGGUUCGCCGAAUCUACGAAUGGCUCAAAGCGUCGCCGCUGGAGGGCCAGGAUGGGGACUUCGAGCUGAUUAGCAUGGGCAAGAACCUGAUCGAUACGCUGGAUGUGACUAUCAGCGAGGCGGGGCUGAAGCAGGGCACGGUCAUGGUGGAGUUUCUUCAAGACUAAUGAUAAUGCUGAGAGGGCGCAUGCGCCCGAGGAUGCUGUUCACCGGGAUCAGCAUGCAUAGCGCUGGGAGGAGUCUUUGCGCUGUUACUAGAUGAGGACUCGUCACAACGUCGGAGGACUGAGCGUGUAGCGCAUUGGCAUCGAGGUUUAGGAGCGGAGAGCGGGUUGCUUGUCAUGUGAUUAGCUCCAAUGCAAGUGAAUUCCCCCAAAAAGCCUCGGCU